AUGUUUAAAAAUAUAAUAUUAUUAAUAUCAAUAUUAAUAAUCAUUCAAACCCACACAUUUAGUGAAAAUACAAAAGUGAAAUAAUUAUCAAAAGAAAAUUUUGUCCAAGAAACCGGUAUUGGUUCUGGAAUAAUAACAAAACCAUCAAUUGGUAUGUUUUACGCUCCUUGGUGUGGACAUUGUAAACGAUUGAUUCCAACAUUCGAAGAAUUAUCAAAUGCCUAAGAAAAAGCUACAGUUUUUGCUGUUGAUUGUACAGUUGAAAGAGGAAUAUGUGAUUAAUUUGAAGUUAAAGGAUAUCCAACAAUAUAUUAUUUUUCAACCGGAUAUUAAGCACAUAAGUAUAAAGGAUAAAGAGUUUUAGAUAAUUUUAUUGAAUUUAUCAAUUCAUAGCAUUUGAGUGCUGAAACUACUGAUAUUAAUUUUGAUAUAAAUAAAACGGAAUCUUCAUUUAUUAAUAAACUAGGAGAAUCAACAACUGUUAUUCUUAUAGUUGUUGCCGUUUUAGUAUUUCUUAUUAUUUUAGUUACUUUUCUUUGUUUAUGUGGAUCAUCUUGUAAUGAUAAAAAUACAUAAAAUAAAUUCGAUUAAACUCCUGAUGUUGGAAAUGAUGAUGUCACUGAUGAUUAAAACUAAUAUUCAUCUUCAACUAGAUCUAAAUCAAAAAGAGAAUGA